AUGACGAAAUGCCCAUUCUGCUGUCAAGCGCAUAAUUGGUAUGAGCAGUGCUCCUGUUCUUACGGCCAGCCUUCUGAUAAGGCCAAUCGUACAGAGGUGAUGAAGCCUGCUUCCCUUGAUCGAGUGAAACAGUUGUCGCCUUCUCAUGUUCCAUACCCCGAGUUUCAACAGAUCAAUGCGUUAUCUACUGAGAGCAACCCAGCUUUGACUCCACACGACGAUGGUAAUAAUGAAGCGCUAAUGCAAGAGUCUGUAUCCUAUAUUUCACAGCCAUCGAGAUACAGACUCAGCUCUAACCCAUCUAAUACAUCUUUGGAGAUCAUGGGAAAUCCCAACGUGGCUUCUGUUAUAGGAAAGGCAGAGCGCAGAACACGAAGAACAACAAGCAAAAUCACGAAAGCGAUGAAAAAUCUGGGGAGGAGAACAACACCAUCGCAAGCAACCACAGCGAAGACCACAUUUGCUCCGAACGCUGGAUGGAGUCGCUUCGAGCAGCCGAUGCCGGUGGAAAAAUUUUAUGGCCUAGAGAUAUGCGCUCAAUAUCACGCACACUAUAUCGGGUACCUGUAG